CUGGAUUUUUUCGUACCUUUUAAAAACGUGCCUGUCUCUCUAUCUGUCUCUCUCUCUUUCUCUCUUCUCUCUCCUGGUGUAUAUAAACGCACGCGCCUGUACAUAUACCCCUGUCGCCUUCUAUCAUAUCUAUCUCCAUGUCUGCGUCGGUUUUCUCUUUGCAGCUGUUCCUCGUGUACCCGAGGUAGCCUUAUCAGUGCAUGCAAAACCAAAUCAAAAUUAUUUGCUUUUACAAGAUUCGUGUAGAUUUUAAUCUACACAGGCAAUAUAUAUACAAUAUAUAUUGCACGUAAAUAAAGCUUCAAAGUGUGCUCACAGAAAUGUGUUCGCCAAUGGACAGUGCAAAGAUGUUAUUACCGCCCAGAUAUCACGAAGUUUGCCGAUUGUGCCUAUCAACUAGUUAUGCCUACAAUGUUAAUCUGUUCAAAGAACAAGUCAAAGGCCAAAAAUACAUUGAAACGAUCCUCGACACUCUUAAGCUUCAGGUAAGCAAUGAGGACCAGUUACCGCCGGUCAUAUGCGGCCGCUGCGUCUCGAGGCUAGAAGCGAUGGAGAAGUUUCGACUGACCGCGCAAAAAGCCGAAGACUCGCUCAAGACGUACGUCGAGGAGGCCAAAACAAUGAACUCACAAGAUGAAAUGGAACAAAAGCUGUCAAAGAUCACCAGUUCGGGAGAAGAGGACCAUUUAAGGGAUAUCGAUGAGCCGUUCAGUAAUGAUUUGCCAAAGCAAGAACCAACAAAGUUGGAAAACUCAACAGAGGACGUGCUCGUGAAAACCGAUGUCCAGAAGGAGGAAGCAGGAGAAAAAGAAGCGCCACAAAACGAAAAGAAAGAGUCCCCGAGGCCGGGGUCGAGCCCAGUGGCACCAACAGAAGAAGAGCCCAGCGAGAGCAGGGCGAGCGAUACCAAAGUUUCGCCAGCGCACGAAACUGACUCGAGAGGAGAGCAAAAUUCGGUAGUGGUCGAGUACCCUCCGAGCCCCCUCCAGACGACGAACGACAUCAACAUGAUGGACACCUCGUCGGUGGACGAUUCUGAUCCUGAGAGAUUGGAAAUCGAGGAGGAGGACGACGAGGAGCCGCCCCAAAUACUGCCGGAGGUCACGAUCAGAAUCGAGAAUGGCCACGAGCAACAGCAACAACCCUUGAACAAGAAAGCCAGAUUUGCGGACUACAACACCAAUGGCAUGAAGAAGGUCCUGUCGCCGAAGAACGACAACGCGGCCAACAGCAAUUCCAACAACAAUCACGACAGUGUCAUCAAGCCGGACAUGUUCGGCGGCCGCAACAACGGGGUGCAGGAAGCCGACGUUGAGACGACGAAAUUGUGGAACGCCCUCGCAAGUUUCCAAUCGAUGCCUUUUUACAGCAACAGAAACAUCGAGGUGACGCGGACCAACGGCGACAAGCAGCAUCCCAUCCUGCCGAUGGCCAACAACAACGGCUUCGACAUGGCCGAGCUCAUGCAGUCGUACUUCGGCGCGCACAUGCUCUCGGGCAUGACGCCGCUGCAGCAGGCCAUAGCCAUGGCCGCGCAGAAGACGGCGCUCAUCGGCGGUAUGGCCCUGACCAAGGACAACAAAAUCUUCAUGGACUCGCACUCGCACCAAAUAGCCAACGCUCUUGCCCAGCAGCAACAGCGUAGCUUUCAGCAGGCAUCGAUGGACAGUAAUCCAUCGAGUCCCGCAUCGACCGGCCGCAAGGAGAGCAAAGGCAGACGCAAGCAGAGCUACCCCAGCAAAGCCCCAACUACACCCCCACAGUCGUCGGAAGGCGAUCAUCAGCAGCCCAUGCCUCUGCAACCCUCGUUGCAACAGCAUCACCAAUUCCCGCAGCAGACGCAGACUCAGCGCCGGCAGUCGAAUUCCAGUGAUGAGGUGGCGAACGAUUACAGCAACUGGGCAGUCGCUACUGUCAACAAGGGAGGAAAGUAUUAUGAUGACACGAAGCAACACAAUGAAAAUCUUCAUGCCUCUGCUAUGGUAGGAAUGAACUUGACUAGUACUAGUGGCGCUCUGGUUCCCCAAAAUAGCGACAGUAAUUCUUCCUCCACUGCUGGGGGUAAGAAGAUCGAGAUGUCCUGCACAAAUUGCGGUACCAUGACCACUACCAUAUGGAGGCGCAAUCUCAAGGGCGAGAUGGUUUGCAAUGCUUGCGGACUGUAUUAUAAAUUGCACGGCAUCAAUCGUCCGGUCACCAUGAGACGCGACACCAUUCACACACGAAGACGCAGACCCAAGGGUGAAAAGUCAAACAGCAGACAGCGAAGGAGGAGCGAAGCAAACGCAAUAAUGGGCUCCCCAGCUCAAAUGGCAGGGUUACCGUCGAUGGAGCCCAUGGAUCAAGAAAGCGCAAAUAUGCUGGUGGCCCUCCGGUCCCAAAUACAGCCGCACUUACUGCUAGCCGCUGCAAUGACACAAAAUCCAAACAUGUCUAACCCAUCCGCAUCUAUUAGGCCGCCACAAAUGCCGAGGUCAUCAAUGAAUUACAACAUGCCAAUGACUACAUUUUUGCAGCAGAUGCAGAACAUCAAAACUGAAGAUGAACGACAAGAUGAAAAUGGAGAACUAGAUGAUGAUGACGACGAUAAUGUAUCAGAUUUGCCGUUGAACUUGGUUUCAACGUCACUUGCUGAAGAGGCUCAUUGAUCUUCGAUGUCGUACCAGGAUCGUGGGUCAGUGACGUGUUUACAAUUGUAUCAUAAGCGGUGUUAUGCAGUCUCGCCUUGUAUAAAAAUCUGAUGUUACGUCACUUAUUUUGCGUGAGAAUUACACGCUGAAAAUGUCUAUCUUAUUUUUUGAAAUGUUUUUUCAAUGCUAAGCGAAUGAAUACUAGAACGCCCUUCUUCAAAUACUUAAUGAUAUUAUAAUAUUUGUCAAAGACACAGUAUUAAGUUCGAAAAAGAAAAUCAUUUGGGCGAUGUUACGUGAUGAUGUAGGUUGAAAGCAUUAGAUAAAACAAAUUGUACAUAAUAACAUGAAGCAAACAAUAGGAUAUUGUUUUAGGAUUGAUCGAUGAAUAUUUUUAUAUAAGAUGUAAAGAAAUGAUGAAAAAAUAUUCUAUAAUUUAUGAAAUAACGAAUCUCAUUCAAGACGUAAGAGUUGGAAAAUUAAAACGUCUCUGAUAAACUAAAAACGUUAAAGUUGAAUGGUAUGUUGUAAAUAGAGGAAAAGAGUAACUCGUAGAAAACAAAAAUGAUGUAUUUGGUGAAAAACUUUUGGGUAUCAUAUUUUUUUAUCGUCGUUGACGUUUUCGUCCAAAGAUGCGAUAUUGACUUUGCGUUAAUAGACGAGACAGUUACUCUGGGCAUUUUUCAACGAUACACGUUGCAGAAAACAGUGUAAAUGUUUUGAUCUAAUUCGAAACAACAACGCUGUCUUUUCUGUUGAUAAGUAGCGAGACUGAAUUGUAUACUUACCAUAUUUAACAAUGAUUUACUCGUUGCCACGAUUAUUAAUUGAUAAUUGUAAUUUUUCUUCGAUUUACACCACUUAAUUUUACUAUUAACUGUAUUUUUGAAGCCUUUUGGCUGUCCAAUGUGAAAUUUUAUUACCAAUCUAAACGUAGUUGGUAAAAGUACUCUAAAGAAACUUAAUGCUCUCUAUUUUGACUCAGUCUUAUGAGUAUUAGUAGAAAUUUUAAGUGCCUUUUAGUUUUAUUAGUCUAUUUUUUGAUUUUUAAUUCAAUUUUUAAUAUACUUUGGAAGCUUUUAACAAGUAUUACCUCUGAUCGAACUAUCAAACAAUUAAAUCUAGUUCGUUCUCAAGCUUGAUUAUACUUAAUCAGAGAAAAGAUGCGACUUCUGCUGUAUUAAGAUGGUUAACUUUGUCUUUACUUUGUUCUUACAUUGCUGAAAUUCUAAUUUCUAAGAUUGAUGAAAACUCAUGAGACUUAUGUACUUAAGUUGGAAGAAAAACUAAUCUCAUUAUUUCACGUUUUCUCGUCGCCGUGUUAAAUACUCGUUUAGAAAUUCUUAAUCUUGUAGUAUUUCUAUUGAAGACUCCCUUGAUAAUUUCGGCUAAUGCACAAAAAGACAAAUUUCAACAUGAACUUGAAAUUAUUUUUAAUUGAACAGUAUUAUCAAUUGAUAAGGAGCAAGUAAAAAUGUUAAACUUUUCCAAAAGUUUUUUUAAUAAUAAGUUAAAAAAAAACCAAUACGGUUAUUUUAACUAAAAAAAUUUUAAAAAUCAAAUUUUAUUUGCUGAUUUUAUCUCUAAUUUUUUGGUCUUUUAUUGUUUUCAAUUCGGCACGCUGGAAAAAACGAUAAUUCUCAAGUUAAUCCAGUUCAUUUUAGCUCUAAAAAAUCUUAACAGUUCUGUGAACUGGCAGGCCUUAACAAUGUGAUCUUGUGAUUUCAAUAAUUUAUAGACUGGCGAAUGAAAAAUGAAAUAGGGUUGAUUGCUUCGGCAUACGAAAUAAAACAUGAUUACAACUUUUUAAGUUAGUUAUAACCGAUAUCGUUAUAGAGAAAUCUAGGGGGCAGGUGCCUUUCGAUAGCAAAAAUAUAUCUUCAUUUCACUGUGUCAAAAAAAUUGGUAAUUAAAAUUGUUUGUUUCGUUAUUCACAAAAAAUAUAACUUGUUGCCUAGAUUAGAAAAAAUCAUUUGAGUAGUCAGUAGUAAUGACACCACACAAAUGGCCAGUGCAUCAUUUAGAGAUGCGCACUUGUUUUACAUAAACCUAAUGUACUUUGCCAAAAAUAGUUUUUAGUUUAUACUUUCUUGUAACAUAGAACAUUAUGUAGUUAAGUUUAUUGAAAUGAUUUUUUUACUACCAUUUUCUUUUCGAAUCUCUUUCUUCUUCGUGAAUUACACUUAGUCCAUACAAGAGUAUUUUAAGUUACUUCGACUCGAGUAAUCUUGACUUUUUGCCGAACGUACUUAGUUUUCAGUAUUUAACAUGGUUUAUUCGAAAUCAACAUUUACCAGUCGGUAAAUUAUUGGAAUCACCAGAAGCAUAGUCAAUCACACAUAUUCAAGGGAGUUGAUUAGUUUUUAAUUGUUACAGCUGCUUAAAAUUUUUUACAAUAACUAUACGGGCGUUGUAGAUUUGACAUAAAGUUUCAAUACUUACAAGAACAUACAAAGUGUAUAUUGAUGAAAGUUGAGAAAGUAGAAAUUUAUUUACUUUUUAUAAUGUUUCAUUCUUACACCGUAGACUUGUAAAAUAUAAUUUUAUUGAUCAUGCGCAACGUACGAUUAAGCCUGUUUUUCGCACUUCCGAAGCAUUUUAUUGUUUUAAUCGUAUCCAUGAUUGUAA